AUGCUGGUGCACUGUGUUUGCACGGAGACUGGGGCGAACAUGUUUGACCUGACAGCUGCUAAUAUCGCGGGAAAAUACCCCGGGAAGGCGGGGCUUCAGAUGAUGUUACACAUGGUGUUCAAGGUAUAAUCACGUGAUUUUAGCAUCUUUGUCAGUGUUUCAACUUAUUGUAACAAAACGAGAAAAUCAAAUAGAAAAUACGAGAGGUAUAUAGAUAUGUUUUCUUCUGCUUGCUUUCACUGUAAAGGGCUUAAAAUCUCCUUUUCUUUAUAUUAUUCUCUUCUUAACUGUUGGAUAGAUAUUGAUAGGCACUGUGUUGUUAGUGGUUUUGUACCGAAGACUGGGGUUUGAGGAGGGGGAGGAGGGGUAGCGGGCUUGAGCAUCUUUGUAGCUUUAGUUAACUGCGUUGAAAUUCAUCCUUCAUGUCCUCUCCUUUCUGUGUGCUACAGGUUGCUCGUCAACUUCAGCCCUCAGUAGUCUAUAUCGGUGAUGCAGAAAGAACCUUUGUGAAAAAAGUUCCCAAGACAGACAAGGUAACAUUCAACUCUUUUUCACAUUUCAUGACCUAUGUUGCUACAUGCGUAUUGUGAAUGAGAAAUCAAACAUUCACGUGCUACCAGUAGCCAGUCUACUACCAUGGGAGGGAAGAAUCGAACCGCUGUCAAGGUGAACUGUCGAUGACAGAAGACGUGUAGCUGCCGGCCAGUGCAAAGCGCGGGAAAAAUCGAACCGGUAUCAAGGUAGCUUCCAAGGGUAAAAAAAAACGUGCAGCCGUCAGUUGGUACCCAAAGCGCGGGAAAACACAAAAAAUUCCUUCAGUAGCUAAAAAGAAACGUUAAGUUAUCAAAACUAUGUUCUUUUUAUUGUUUGCAGACCGACCCCAAGAGACUGAAGAAGGACCUGCCGAAGAUUUUGAAAACUCUUAAGCCAGAGGAUCGAGUCCUUAUUGUGGGCACCUCAAGAAUGCCCUUUGGUAUCCUUCUGUAAUACUGUGUAUUGAAAAUAGGGUUCAAUUCAGGUUUCUGGGAAACUGCCCACCUACCCCUCCCCUAAGCUAACAUUAACACUUACUUCUCACUUAAGGCAAAACGUUGGCUUAAGGGAGGGGUAGGUGGGCAGUUUCUCAGAAACCUACAUUGAUCUGAAUGUAGAACAUACAGGUGCUUACCAUUUACAUGGGAAUACCGGAAAUUCCGGUUGAAAAAUUGAAUGGUUCACGCCUUUCCUUUUGAGAAGCUAUAAAUAACAUGAUCAAACAAAUAAUGGAAAAAAUUCCGGUAAGCUGCAUGGCACUUUAGAAAGGAGGAACUUAAACCAAAAGACGGCACUUUUGUUAAUUAUUUUUUGUUGAAAAUUCCCUUACCUAUAAAAAAUAUGGACUAGUCUUUUUAGAUAACCAGCUGAUCUGGAUAGACUCAGAACUGGUCAUUCUUCCACAGGGUCCAUUUUAAUUGUUAAAUAAUUGCGCACGAGAUUUUGUGCUAAAUGUAAGCAACUAAGGUGUUCGCCUUUUCAAAUGUCUCUGUGAACACAAGAUAUCAUUAUGGUCAUUCUGAGUGUGAUUAUGGUGUUAAUUGAGACUUUAAAACCGCUUUAUUAUUGUCAACAUAAAGGUCGGUCUAUCAGUUGACCAUUUGUUACUGCUUCUUAGCCGACUGCGCCUAAACGAUCGUUUCACAUGAAGGUGAACAGGCUAUCUUUGUUUGAUGUGCUAAACGAAUCUUUGGCAUGAACCGUAAUGUCAGAGUUAAGUGUGCGUCAUUGUUUUUGUUUUAUUCCUUAACUAAACCAAGAUGCUGAGAUCAAGCCGUUCUGUGGUCUGUAUCAGAAAAUUCUUCUUCUUCCAAGACCUGAUUAUGCCUCGAGGUUCUGUAAGUAUACUCUAUUUAUCUCGAUCUAUCUGUUUAUUGCAGCACUUAAAAGUCUAGUGCAAAGAGUCUGCGGGUUUUUGCGGAAGAGCGUAGGUUACCUAGGUAACUGGUGUACGGGGACCUUUGAGGGUAACUUGCUUGUAGUGUGUAGUCGCUACAUUUGACGUCAUCAUACACCCUGUACCUUGCGCAGUAUGGCAACCAUCCACGGUCCAAAGAGCCUGAGGACUCUUGACACGUGAUCCAACACGCACCCAUCUCCGAUUUUUGAGGGAGUGCUGGCUAAACACAGCCUUCUCUAGACUACUGCUGCGAUAGAAAAAAAUUAUUCUCGUCUAUCUUACACUGCACGUGCCUUUUGAAACAUUAUUAAACUUUCGUGUUUGCUUGUAGUGUUAUGGAAGACGCUGGUCACAAGGUAUGGCGGACGCUUAACUGAGCAAUUGGACGUGAGUUCGUUGGCGAAAAUAACUGACGGCUACACUCCAGGUCACAUGGCCCAAGCUAUUCAACAGAUUCUUACAGAAAGACGUGUUCAGCAGGUUUGUACUGCCCCAGUUUAUUACUUGUUGAUCGCUCAUGCCGAGACUUUUACUGGUAAAAUUUGACCAUUUACCAAGCUCCCCAUCCGCGCACGCGCCUGGGCCCCACUAAAAGGAGUUCGCUUCUCGGACCAUUCGUAAUGCGUAGAAAGCAUGCGUAGCACUAUAACGAGGCGUUAAGGAAGUUUCGCGCCAUAGUUUAUUAGUAGUACAGAACGGAAAUGACGUCAGGAUGACUUAAAUUUGCACUGUUUGUUUGACUUUUGUCAUAUCAACGACCAAAAGUGAGGAAUGUGCUAAUAGCAAUUUAUUUAGUUCGACAAAUGUUAACUGUGCGCGGCGCCAUUGCGUACACUUAGUUUGCAUAUGAUGCUACAACAUGUCAUGACAACAUGAUGCAACAUGUCAUUGACCAGUAUUUCGUCUACAUUUCAGCUGUCAAAGAGACCGCUGUUAGCGGUAGAGUUUGUGGCACCACUGGCACGCAUUGAUCCAAUUUACAAAGAAGAGGAAGAAGCGUUUAAGGUGAGUGACAAAUCUCCUCGCGUAAGAAUGGCGUCACGAUGUGGCAAAACGUGAUCUUAUUCAAUCCUAGUGCCCAGUCUUUGCUCGCACCACAAGCGUGAGAACACGGAUGUCUCCACUUGUGAGAAGCUUAAGUUCGUCUGGUGAUAUUGGCAGGGGCAGAAUCUGUACAAUUUUGGAGCCGCUUAUUUUGCAUCUUUGGGAUUUUCAUGGGCGCAGGUUUAUAGCCAUAUAUCUGACCAUACAUUGAGGUUGAACGACAGAGCUACUUAUAAUAAUAUGUACAAAUAUAGAUAAUUUACAAAGCUACAUAAAAACUCACUAACUACCAACAACGUAGUAUACAAUAAACAUAACCCCGAAUUUUACUCGCCAAGUUACGAUAUUUCGAUUGAGCAACCGAUGAUUUCUACUGUUGCCAAGUCUCCGGGAACUCCCUUACGUUACACAUGCUCCUUUACCUUGCAGACUUGGUACGCUAAGACACCGCUGGGCAAAAAGCGCGCCAAAGCUGCGGCAGGAGAUGAUGAGGGGGACAAGAAAGGAAAGAAAGGAAAAAAGGGAGGAAAGAAAAAGAAGAAGUAA